AAUAGAAGCUGAACGAGGAGAAAGCGCCGAAAUGGAGGCCGGCGUAGGUGGCUAAACACGAGAAGUGACAAACCGAUACAUUUUCAAUAAACUUUGAGGCGCUUAUGAUUCUCAAAAAGAGUAUAUCUGAGAAGAAUCUAGUUAUCCAUAGCUAGAUAACUCUGCAUUGGAUAUUGUUGGUUUAAAGGAGCAGCAGAUUGACCAUGGCGACGGACACCAGCUCCCCGCCACGGUUCUUCCACAUGCCGCGGUUCCAGCACCAGGCACCACGGCAGCUCUUCUACAAGCGCCCCGACUUCGCCCAGCAGCAGGCCAUGCAGCAGCUCACCUUUGAUGGCAAGCGCAUGCGUAAGGCUGUCAACCGCAAGACCAUCGACUACAACCCCUCGGUCAUUAGACACCUGGAGAAUCGUUUGUGGCAGCGAGACCACAGAGAUUUCCGUGCCAUCCAACCAGAUGCAGGAUGCUACAAUGAUCUGGUUCCUCCUGUGGGCAUCUUGAGUAACCCCAUGAAUGCAGUUACCACAAAGUUUGUCCGAACUUCCACGAACAAAGUGAAGUGCCCUGUCUUUGUCAUAAGGUGGACUCCUGAGGGGAGGCGUCUUGUCACAGGAGCCUCCAGUGGGGAGUUCACCUUGUGGAACGGACUCACCUUCAACUUUGAGACCAUCUUACAGGCCCAUGACAGCCCUGUGCGGGCCAUGACCUGGUCUCACAACGACAUGUGGAUGCUGACGGCUGACCACGGCGGCUACGUCAAGUACUGGCAGUCCAACAUGAACAACGUCAAGAUGUUCCAGGCUCACAAGGAGGCGAUUAGAGAGGCCAGUUUCUCUCCUACGGAUAAUAAAUUUGCCACUUGCUCUGAUGACGGAACCGUACGCAUCUGGGACUUUCUACGCUGUCACGAGGAGAGAAUUCUCAGAGGUCAUGGAGCUGACGUGAAGUGUGUGGACUGGCAUCCCACUAAAGGCCUGGUGGUUUCAGGGAGCAAAGAUAGCCAGCAGCCAAUAAAAUUCUGGGAUCCCAAGACCGGACAGAGUUUGGCCACACUUCACGCCCAUAAGAACACGGUGAUGGAGGUGAAAUGGAACCUGAACGGUAACUGGCUGCUGACAGCGUCCCGCGACCACCUGUGUAAGCUCUUCGACAUCCGCAACCUCAAGGAGGAGCUGCAGGUGUUCCGGGGCCACAAGAAAGAGGCCACAGCUGUAGCGUGGCACCCUGUCCACGAAGGCCUGUUCGCCAGCGGAGGCUCAGAUGGAUCCCUCCUCUUCUGGAACGUAGGUGUGGAGAAGGAGGUGGGCGGAAUGGAGAUGGCCCAUGAGGGCAUGAUCUGGAGCCUGGCGUGGCACCCGCUCGGGCACAUCCUCUGCUCGGGAUCCAACGACCACACCAGUAAAUUCUGGACGAGGAAUCGGCCAGGGGACAAGAUGAGGGACAGAUACAAUCUGAAUUUGUUACCUGGGAUGUCAGAGGAUGGAGUGGAAUACGAUGACAUGGAGCCAAACAGCUUAGCUGCCAUUCCUGGCAUGGGGAUCCCCGAUCAGCUCAAAGCUGCCAUGGAACAAGAGGCAAGCGAUAAAGAGACUGCAGCCGAGGAGGAGAUGAGCAUCCCAGGUCUGGAUUGGGGGAUUGAGGAGAUUUUACAGAAAGACCAGAAGAAGGUGCCACAGAAGAAGGUCCCCUACGCCAAACCCAUCCCUGCCCAAUUCCAACAGGCCUGGGCAGACAAUAAGGUGCCUCUCGUGCCACCGGGAGGAGAGAAGAAAGAAAGGAUGGAUGAGAAGAAAAUGGAUGGGAAGACAAACACCAACCCGAUGAUGCUAGAGCAAAUGAAGAUGGACCGUAUGAAUCAGAUGGACGGGAACAUGCCUCCCCCAGGAGGUCCACAAGGACCCAUGCCACCUUUCCCUGGCCAGGGAGGAACCAUGCCCCCACCUCCUCAGGGCUUCCCCCAGUCCAUGCCCCCUCAGCAGAUGCCCCACAACAUGGGGCCCCCCAUGGGCCCUGGCGUCAUGCAGGCUCCGUUCAUGCGUCCGGGCCAGAUGGGCCCCCCUCCAGGGUCCCAGCACCACCAGGGGCCUCCUCAGGGCAUGAUGGGUCCCCCUGACCUCCAUGGGCCCCAAGGCAUGCAGAGGCACCCCGGCCCCCACAGAAACAUGGGCCCCCAGGGGCCUCACGGCAUGCCUCCCGGACCCAGAGGGAUGCAGGGCCCCCCCGGAAACAUGCAGGGCCCCCCACCGGGAGGAAUGAUGGGGCCCCCUCCUCGAGGCCAGGGGCCUCCACCACAGGGGGGCAUGAUGCCCCCUCAGGGGAAUAUGAUGGGCCCACAGGGACCCAUGCAGGGCGGGGUGGGAAUGGGGCCUCCCAUGCAGAACCCUCCCAGGACACACGGCAACAUGCCAGGCAUGGGGGGCAUGCAUGGGAUGGGCAACAUGCAGGGGCCACCCCCAGGUGGGAUGCACGGGCCCCCACCGGGUAACAUGCAGGGACCCCCCGGGAACAUGCAGGGACCUCCUGGAAACAUGCAAGGACCCCCAGGCAAUAUGCAGGGCCCACCAGGCAACAUGCAGGGGCCUCCAUCCUACAUGCAGCACCAGGUUGGACAAAACACUGGCCCCAUGAUGCAUGGGAUGGGACAGCAAGGACCCAAUGGCAAAGAUACCCGAGGGCCCCACCACCACAUGGGUCCUCCACCUGGGGGCCAGGGGCAGGGCGGCCCUGGGGGCCCUGACCAGGGCUCUGGUUCUUACUGGGGAGACUCUCAGCAGGGGCGCCGAUCCAACGACUUCAAUGAAGGUGGCCAGGACUUCCACGGACGGGGAGAGGAGAGCUGGAGGAGAGGGUCCAGCCAGGAAUACCAGGGAGGCCACAGAGGAGGGGGGCAAGGGGGAGGGGGGGGGAAUGGGGGAAACUGGGGCUCUUCUGAGGAAAGAUUCCCCCGUGAUGGGGGAGAGUUCCGAGGCCGCAGGGACGACAGGUACAGAGGGGUUGGACAGGGUCGCCCUGGGGGGAGGGGGUUCCCUGAUGACUUUGGUGGGCAGGAAGAGAACUUUGACACCUCAAAUGAGAUGGCCGGAGGUUGGGACAACGGAGGGAGGGGGAGACCCCCCCGAGGAGGGGGCCCACCCAGAGGAGGAGGUCACGAGGCAUACAGAGAAGGCCAGCGCUCCGAGCACGGCCCGCUGCACGACAGCCCGUCCCCUGCCAGCCGUGAGCGCUCCUCCUCCCUGCAGGGCAUGGACAUGGCCUCGCUGCCCCCACGCAAACGCCCGUGGCACGACGGCCCGGGCACCGGAGACCAAGACUCCCCGGGAGCAGGGGUAGAGGACAGGACAACAGGCCGACCGCCCCAGAGAGAGGAAGGCGGCUACGGCCCCUCGACCCGCGGCGGCAGAGGGGGCUGGAGGGGGGCGCCCCGCGGGGCCCCCAGGGGAGGAGGGCGUGGCCGGUAGGACUGAAGGAACAACUCGCUACAAAUCGACCUACCUGCUCCCCACCAAACCUCCAUUCUCUUACCUCCCCAUCCCCUUUUCUCUCCUAUUCACCCCCCCGCAAAGAGGACAGGGACCAAAAAGAGAUACACAACCACUACCGCCACCUCCUGUCCCCCAGAUCAGUGGAUCAUCUCUGGGCUCAGACUACACCUCUUCAGGCCUGAUUGUAAGGCUGGAGGAUGGAUUGUUUACUGUGUGUAUAGGGGCCUCGUGGAGUGGGAAAAGGCCUUUAUUGCUGUAUGUGUCGAAAGCCUCAGGUCUCUCACUACGAGAUGGACGAGUUGCUAUCUUUACAUUUGGAUCCUUUAAACGACAGAUUCCGCCCUAUGGUUCUUUGCCAUACUCAUCCUGAUUGGUCGCAGGGUGGAUAUUGCAAGCUGAAGCAAUCACUGAUUGGUCAAGGUUUCUAUUCCAAGUUCAGACAUGGGCCACAUAACAGAAUGUUUUUUGUCAGUGUGGUUUGAACAAAGCAUUAUAACAGGCAAGAAACCUGGGGUUUAUUCAGGAGGUGCAAUGUUUAGAACAUUGCAGACAGGUAUUGGUAGGAUUCCUCAUUCUGCAUUAGAAAGAAUUGUCUGAAUGUUUUGUAAUGCUGCACCCUCCUGAAUAAACCCCUGGACACACUUCAUGUGAUAAUGUGAACUGCCCAUAGUUUCUCUUUUCUACAUGUACUGUACCAAUCACACAUAAUAGAAAGAGUCCAGGAUCUUGAACUUUGCAGAUAGGAAUACAGUGUACAGAUCAGACAACUUUUGUUUGUUUUGGGAAGAAUAGAGAACCAUGUCCACUUUGUACAUUACAUUUAUAUCUGAAAAUGUUCAGAGGGUGUGGCGCCACACUGAAAAUGCCCACAUUUCAAGAUUCAUUAUUCCAGGAGAGGAUUUGGUCCUUGGCUAUAUGGGUGCAUCCCAAAUGGCACCCUAUUCCCUAUAUGGAGCACUACUUUUUAACAUGGCCCAUAGGGGUAUGGUCAAAAGUAAUGCACUAUAUAGGGAAUAGGGUGCUAUUUGGGAUGCUCAGAAGUCCUGUUUGUCACUGGUAGUUAACAAACAGAACAGGGCGUUGAAUAUGUUAUUCCCCCCAAGUCCUCGGCUCCAUUUAUUUAAGUUCAUUUUUAAAUGUCCAAUAAUGGAGAGAAGAAGAAUCACUGUCUCAUCGCCGGGCUCCCCUGAAUAUCGAGGCAGCCUUCCUCUCUUUCUAAAUGUACAGUUUGUCAUGAGAUUGUCAUAUUGCUUUUGUCCAUUUUUUUGUAUGAGACUAAUAGAAAUGUGUGCAAAAUGUCA